AUGGCCAUGGCCGCGGCGACGGAGCCGCAGCGGCUCAGUGACGCCAUCGUCACGUUUUCCUUGGAAGGGAUGUUCCCCGAAGAUAUUUCAGUCUUGCCGCCCGUGCCCGACAUUGACCUCGAGCCUGCCAUUGAGGCCCUGGACAGAUCCAAGGCUGUACUAGAGGCCGAAAUUCACGCCAUCAAUGAGGAAAUAAAAACCGACGUCAGCUCGUGGGCGCAAAAUGCCAAGACUCUGCAGGACGACAUCGUUCGCUCCAAGACGAUAGCAAACGACAUUGUGCGGCAAUCUGAAGCUCCCGACAUAUCGGGGGAGCUGGUACGAGAUGCCCAAGACAAGACCCGGUUUCUCACCCAAGAAGUGCAGUACAGUCAGCAGCUUCAUGCCGUCUUGACAAAGAUUGCGGGCUUAAGUCAACUUUUGGACCAGACUGAGGCGGCACGGAACGAGAAACGCAUUCUCGAUUCUUUUCGGCUUUUAGAACAAUCACGGAACUUGAUCGACGAGGUCGGUGUAAGCAAAACCUGCCGAAUCGUUAGGUUGCUGGAUCACCGAGCUUCUGAACUGAAAUCAAGCAUCCACACGGUGUUCAAUAACAUAUGGAAAGAGCUUGUGCAGCUUGAUGUGGAUCGAGGUGGAAUGACCAUUCAUGAAUCUCUGCCUGAGGGAGGGAUGACACUGUCCGAAGCAGUCAUCGCCUUGAAUGCUUACAAGGAAACGGAUGAGCGCAUGGAGCAGCUCUGGCGGAACCUAGAUGGCGCGAUAGUCUCGGCCAGGAUGGACCAGUCCAAGAAACCCGCAAAAGCGAUUGAAGUUUGUGGCGACGAGCUCGCAUUAACCGGCCACAGUGACGGCACCAUUGAAUCUCUGCUACUGGAUCUCGAAGCAGUAUUUUCGUUUGUGUCACGAAAGCUGCCUGCGGAGCUGCUCAACAUCUUGGGUGGGUUCAUGGUGACCGAGUUGAUUCCCCGGUUGAUUCAGCAGUGGCUGAAUCCUGCGGUUCCAUGCUCUCUGGAGGAAAUACCACGAUUUCAAAUCAUGAUUGACAGGACCCAAAUCUUUUGCUCCGCCCUGGAGGCAAGUGGCUAUGCUGGCUUUGAGGAACUGCGCGAAUGGGCAGACAAGGCACACAUGACAUGGCUCACUCGACGCCGAGAAACAGCACUGGAUACCAUUAGAACUAGGCUUGCCGGUGGCAUUGGUCGGCCCAAGCAGGUCGAAAGGAUUGAGAAGCAUAUGGUGACCAUGUCCGAGGGCAAAGAACUUGCAGCCACAGGCGCCGGCGCCGGCGCCGCAGCAGAUGCCAAUGACUGGGGAGCUGCCUGGGAUGACGCUUGGGACGACGAGGAGGGCGCUGAGGAGCCCGCAGAAGAGGCAAAAAGUCAUACGCAAGUCACGUCAGCAACAACGGCAGCAACAACGGCAGCAACAACGGCAGCAACAACGGCAGGAGAAGACGAUGGCGUCGCCGCUUGGGGCUGGGAUGACGACGAGGCUGCCGACCGGCAAGGCAACGAGGGUGCCGAAGCGUCCAAAACCGACGCUGCAGAGGAUGAAGACGCCGGAGCAGACGCCUGGGGCUGGGGCGAGGACGACACGACAACGGGGGACCCGGAGCCCACAAAGCCGGUCGGGAAGAAGCCAAAAACCAAGGCUGCCGCCCCAGAGGAGAAGAGAGAACUAGUGCUCCGAGAGAAAUAUCACAUCUCAUCGAUGCCGGAACCGGUCAUGGAUUUGAUCGUGACGGUUUUGGAGAACGCAGCCGUGCUGACGCAGGGAAGGGAAGAAUAUCGCCUCAUCGCGCCUACCGCACCGGGAUUGUUCAGCUUGCCGACCUUGAUAUUGGCGCUCUUCAGGGCUAUUUCGCCAUACUACUACGCCUUGGCUGAGGGAGGCAACAUGUACCUGUACAACGACGCCGUGUAUCUUGCGGAAGAAUUGUCCAAACUCUCAGAGGCGUGGAAAGAACGCCAGGAUGUUACAGCACGGGCGCGGAACAUGCUGCGGCUGGGCAACGACGUCAAGACGAUGCAAAACUUUGCCAACCGCAGCUACGCCAACGAAAUGCACGUCCAGAGGACGGUGCUGCAGGAUCUCCUGGGCGCAUCCCAAAGCGUCGUGCAGCAAGAGGACGCGGCAGCCGCGCUCGAGGCCGGCACGAGACGCAUCAGGGAGAUGGCGACUCUCUGGGAGGGCAUCUUGGCCCGGUCCGUCUGGCUGCAGGCGGUCGGGUCGUUGGUCGACGCCUUGGCGACUCGCGUCAUAGCCGACGUGCUGGAUUUGCCGUCGAUAGGGCAGGACGAGGCUUACCGCAUCGCGAGCCUCAUCGCGGCAGCCACCGCGCUGGACGAUCUGUUCCUGCCCAGCAAGCUCGGGGCAGCCCGGGCGAGCCGCGACGAGGCGUCAACGACGGACCAGUACGCGCCCAACUGGCCGCGGCUGAAGUACCUGGGCGAGGUGCUGCAGAGCGACCUCGGCGGCAUCCGCAGAUUGUGGUGCGAGGACAGGCUGAGCUACUACUGGAACGAGGACGAGGUCGUCGACCUUAUUCACGCUAGUUUCGAGGACAACGCGCGCACCAGGCAAACCAUCAGGGAGAUACGAAGCACGCCGUGCCCGGCGGUAGACCUGUAG